AAGGGUGCAUCUGAAUUCAACUUUUUGAAUCUUCUCUUAGUGGUUAAUCCAAAACCGAACAGAUAAAACUUCCAUUAAGUAAUGAACUAGAGACUCCAUUUGGCUCCUCUUCCACACCAGACAGAGGGAGAGAGAAGAAUCCAGCUUUACAAAGAAACACACACCAGCUAAGGAGUGCAAAAGGGGUAUCUUGCCACUCAUCAUAAAGUCACUCACCAAAAAGGACAAGAUAAGCACAAGCACAACAGUGUAGUUUCUUGAGUUCACACCUUCUGGUGAAUCGCCAUACCAAGCAGCUUCUUCUCUUCUUCUCAAGCUUAUGCCAGCUGAAACAUCAUCAAGAAGAUGAGUUGGACUUGUCUCAGGUUGAGCUCAUUCGGGUCUCCAUUGGUACUCAAAGUUGGAAUCUUCAGUGCACUGCUCUGGCUCACAGGUGGAGUGACUUCACAGGGCCAAAUGCCCCUGACCACACCCACUACUGGCGUAGUUUGCAUCAGUGAUUGUGCCACUUGCCCUGUCAUUUGCUCAUCCCCUCCUCCACUCUCAAUGCCAACAUAUCAGCCUCCGCUGCCACCGCUCCCGACGCUGCCCUCACCGCCGCUGCCGCCGCUCCCGACGCUGCCCCCACCACCGCUGCCUGUCCACCACCAUCAUCCUCCGCCCGAGUCUCACUAUUACUCCUCGCCGCCGCCACCAUCGCUGGAGCCUCUGCCGCUGACCCCUCCCGGCCCGCCUCUGCCAACACUGCUGCCGCCGCCCGAGGCGCCGUCGCUCUACCCUUCGUGGAGCGCUCCGCCGCCUCCUUUUAAGUACUCCAACAAUGCACCUUCUGGUCCUGGGAUUCCAGGAACGGGAAUGGGAGGGCAUGAUUACUCUUAUCCUUACUACUAUUUCAAUGCCUCAGAAGCUGCUUCUUUAGCUGGUCAUUGUCACUUCUUUAUGUUGUUGUUGUUGUUGUUGUUGUUCUUCCUUGUUAUAUGAUCUUAGGAUAUGGUUGAGAGGGCAUAGCCAGAGCGCAAGAAUUUAUUCACUAAGUUUGGUGCUUGUAAGUUCUGGAUGCUAGCUGUUCAUAAAAGUUUCUUUGUAGUUUAUGUUGCAAGCUGCAAAUUGGCCCUUUUUGA